UAUGAAUCAGUAUUUGGCCACUCAUGACUCAAGUCUAAACACUUCUUUGUCUAAAUAAAAGUACUCAUUCCCAAAAGCCAAAAGAGAACCCAUUCAUAAUAAAUCAGCGUAAUUCUCAUUAUCCACUCAUGUAGAACCAAUGAAUUAAGUUACAAAUUACCUUAAAACUUGGGAAACAGAAUGGCUGGAAUCGGCUAUGGAUUCAAGUACUUCAUGUUCACAUAUUUAGACAUGAUUUUUCCAAAGAUGCUAAACCAGUCCCAGCUCCUAAUUUGUAUGAAAUCUAAUCGUUUGUUGAAAAUAAUAUUGACAAAAAGAAGGGACCCACAUUCGCCUAUAGCAGAGAUUAAAUGAAAGCCCAUGGAAUUUGGGGUUCUUUGAAUUAACUUUCUCCUGGUCCUGGUAGAUAUGCUUAAACCAAUUCCCUUGUUGAUAACAAAUUCACCUUUGGACUCAAAUCAGGCUCUUUGAAAUAGUUCAACACUCCUGGUUUCUUUACUUAAUCUAUUUCUAGGACCUGGAACUUAUGAAGCCAUUCAAAUCACAAAUCAAAAAGGAAAUCAAUAUAUCUCAAAAUUCAGAAGCUCUGGUGCUGCCAUAAUAGGCAAAGAUUAAGAUAGAUUUAAGACCUUAUAGAGUUUCAAUAUUAUUUAUCAUUAGCCUAAAAUAGUUUUCCUGAACCAGCUAGUUAUGAUAUCUCGAAUACUGGAAUCACUGGAACAGGUUUCUGCCCCAAAAAUGGAUUCAAAUCUACAGUCUAAAACUCGUUUCCAAAGGCCACACGAAAAGGACCAUUCGAUUUGGGAGCGUAGAGUCCAGGUCCUGGAAGUUAUAAAGUUUAUUCAGAAUUUGAGUGAUUUUAAUAUAGAAACAUUAAGUUAAAUUGAAUAGAAC